AUAAAAAUGUUAACCCUUCUGUAGCACUCUCGCUUCAAUGCCAAGCCUCGUCAGCACGGCCAUGGCAAGCAAGCUCUUUAGGUAGAGUGUGAUGGACUUUCGCCCUACUAACAGCUCUAACAAAAACCUGCCCCCGCACCUUUGUCAGUUAAGAUCAAACACUUGUGGUCUAAAUUGUUUCACGGACCAGAACCAGGAAACGUGCAGCAACGCAGAGGUUACACAGAUCACGGCUUGCAGCGUAACUAACGUAUGCUUAUGGAUGCUGAUUAGGAGACCUGUUGAACAUUUGUAAAAUGUUCAGCACAGAAUGUUGAAAAUGUUUUAAGAUCAUUAUUUAUGGCUGCUAACGUUGGCUUUGCAGAGCUUUGUGGUUGCUAAAGCUGGCUUUCCAGCGUGAUCAAUGAUAGAUAUUCCAAGGUCCAGUGAUACACACUGCACCAACAUUGCAUUUUAACAGAACAGCCCUUCCUUCCCUGGCUAAGGCAGUAAAGCUUCAUAACAACUCCUCUCAUUUUUGAAAACCUGGCCUCAAUCCAAGGCCACUCCUUCUGUGAAAAGAACCAGGAAGUCGGUUUGCUUCCUUCCGCCCUGUUUCAGAAUAAACGAAACUUCUCCGCCACAGAAAUCUGAAACCAAAUCAAAACUGCCUGCCGUUCUCCUGGUGCGUGGAUAAAAUGGCUGAAUCUAGCAUUCAGCCUUCCGAGUCCAGACCUGUUCUGGGCAGGAACGGAGUGCUGGCCAACUUGGUGGAGUGCAGACCUGGACUUGAACCUGGACCUGUCUGGUGCGACGUGUGCCCCAAGGGAAUGCAGCUAGCCGUGAAAUCCUGCCUGCAGUGCCUGGCGUCCUACUGCGAAGCUCACCUGGGUCCACACAACGAAUCCUCAGCUCUAAAAAAGCACCAGCUGACCGAAAGCACGACACACCUGCAGGAUUUGGUCUGUGCUGUCCACAGAGAACCGCUGAAGGUUUACUGCCGCACCGACCAACGAUGCGUCUGUCUCCUGUGCGUGAUGGACAAGCACAAACAUCACGUCACAGUCUCUGCUGUGGCCGAACGCGCUGAGAGGCAGAAGUCAGCACAGACAAAUUUCCAGAAAUGGAUCCAGGAGAGAGAGAAGAAGCUGCUGGACACAAGACAGGAAGAGCAUUUGCUCACACACGCUGCUCGGACAGCAGUAGAGGAGAGUGAGAGGCUCUUUGCUGAUAUCAUCCACUCCAUUGAAGGACAGCGCUCAAGGGUAAAGGAGCUGAUCCUGUGUGAAGAGAGGAAAGCACUGGUCCCUGUCAAAAGCCUACAGGAGAGACUGGAGCAGGAGAUCACUCAGCUGAGAGGGAGUGAUGCUGAGCUUCAGAAACUAGCACAAAUGGAGGACCCCAUCUGUUUUCUCCAGCGCUGGAGGUUUCUCUCUACUGAUCCUGGGCCCUGUAUUGUACCAGGAGUCACUGCAGAUCCAAACCUCUCCUUCCAGUUUGUAAGCAAAGCUGUUUCUGAGCUGAGAGACCAACUGGAGACCGUCUGCCAGGAUAAAUUUGACAAGUUAUCAGAAGAAGUCUCCAGAGUGAAUGAAGUGUCUGCUCCUCCAUCUCGAAGGCACAGGACCAGAGCAGAGUCACCAUCGACUUCCACAAGCGGAACAGAACUGCGGCAACUCAGAUCUGGGGAGACAGGAAAUGGUUGUGGGCCCCGUGCGACUAAAGUGCAAAUUCUGGAAAGUCCUGAAUCAUUGCCAGAGCCUAGGACCAGAGAAGAGUUCUUAAAAUACGCCUGUGAGCUCACGCUCGACCCCGACACGGCACACGCACAGCUGCUUCUCUCUGACCGUGACAGAGAGGCGACGUGGGUGAAAGAGAAGCAAAGGUAUCCAAAUGGCCCGGAGAGAUUUGACAAGUGUCAGGUGCUCUGCAGCGAGGCCCUGUCAGGGAGACGCUGUUACUGGGAGGUCGAAGUGAGGGGGAAUAAGGCGGAAAUAGCGGUCACGUACGAAGGGAUUAAGAGGAAAGGUAGGGGCCGAGGCGCUUCAUUUGGCGGGAAUGAUAAGUCCUGGAGUCUGGAUUGCAUAAAUGGAGCCUACUCCAUUUGCCACAACAAUCAUGCGACCAACUUAGCUGUCCCAUACUGUUGUACUGGUGAUCCAGGUACACCCUAUAAGGUAGGGGUGUACCUGGAUCACCCAGCUGGCACGCUGUCAUUUUACAGUGUCUCUGACAUGAGCCUCAUACACAGGGUGGAGACUAAGUUCACUGAGCCUGUGUAUGCUGGGUUUUGGAUUGGGGAACAGUGUAGUGUGAAACUCAUGGCCCUUGCCCAUCACCGUAACGUACCGCGCUGCCCCUGGUUGUGAAACCGAGAUCAUGGCUUCUGGAUGCGUUUCCAUCGCCAGCAGAAGUGUACCGUGUAUAGUCCUCGGAACUGAAUUUCGCUGCUCCUCCAGAGAGUGAAACAUCAUACGCUGAGCAAACCAACUGCCAUUUUUAAACAGCUGGUUAUGCAAUCCUAGUGCUGCCAGUGUCAGAUGGCUCAUCCAGCCAAAUCACAGUGUAAGUAGGUAUCCGUUGUUUAACAUAAUCUUUACUGUCCCAGCAUUAGGGAGUUAUAAAUAGGAGAAAAAAAAACAGGCAGCUUCACAAACGGUGAUAAAUAAGACACAGGCAACAGAACGUUGUUGGAUGUCAGCUGUGACUGAAAUUAAAUCAGAAAUGUCAAUAAUUAAUUCUCAGAUCACAAAGCCAUAAUGUGUGCUUUGUGCAGUAGAUGUGAAAUGAAAGAGUGGGUAGUAAAUGUAUAUAAAAUGUAUUUUUUACCUUUAUAAAAAUAUUCAAAAAUGUGAAAAAAUAAUUAGGUAGGGCAGCUUGGUGCUCUCUAAUCCAUGCUUAAAAGGCUUCUUAGAAAUACUGUUCUAGGCCUCCAUCUUGUCCUCUUUUUUUUUCAAAAUCAGCCUCAUAUAACCUCUAUCAUUAUUGUUGUUUUUUUACAAUAAAAUUUUGCUACAAUAAA